AUGGAACAAGAAGUUUAUAAAUAUACGUUGAUCGGUGCCAUUGGUCUUGUUUAAAAUGUGAAACAAGUUCAGCCAGUAAUAAAUGCAGAGCUUGUUUUACAAAUCCUACAGUAACAUUAGCAUCUGCAAGUACAUGUGCUACCUGUCCAACUAAUUAUCUAUAUAUAGAGUAUUUAGAUAGUUCUAAAGGAUGUUUUACUGAAUGCAGAUAUUACAGAGUACCAGAUUCAAAUAACGUGUGUUAAUUCAAUGAAAGUAUGACCUCAAUUUAUUAUUAUAGACAUGUUACCCUUAACAACAUAUUUAGAUACAACUACAUUUACUACAGCUUCUCCAUGGAUAUUCGUUCCUGAUCCAAUCAAUUUUAAUAUUAUCAAUGCUGAAAGAAUAUCUUAAAUUCCUUGUUAAACCACUAAAAAUUAUUUAGGACCCUUUUAUUCUAAUGAAGGAUAUAAAUUGUAAUUAUCGUUACCUUACAAUCUUACAUAUAUAAGAUUUCGAAUAACCUUAUUAAAAUUUGGAACUUGGGCUGA